AUGUUAUUUUGUCCAUUAUGUGCAAAUAUGUUAUUGGUAGAGCCUGAUAUUACAGAUACCAGAUUCUACUGCCAAACAUGUCCAUAUGUAUUUCAUAUAAAGAAUAAAGUAGUUACCAAAGUACCAUUGGUUAGAAAAGUUGUCGAUUCCGAUGUUUUUGGUGGUGAAGAAGCAUGGAAAAGUGCUGAUCAAGUAGAAGUUGAAUGUCCAGUAUGUCAUCAUAAAAGAGCGGGUAUUAUUGAUAUUCAGGUUAGCUUGGCACCUGAACCAAAAACCUCAUUCCUUAGAUGCAGAAAUCCAAGUUGCGAGCAUCAAUGGCAAAAGAAAUAA